AUGGGGAAGAAAGGAAACAAGAAGGUCGGGGAGGACGUGUACGAGGAGAGCGACGAGGACGAAGAGAGAAGGCAGAAGGAUGAAAAGCGGAGGUUCGCAGGGGUGGACAUCUACGAAUACGAGCAGCCGGACCAUUUCUCUGACGACGAGGAGAUCGACGAGGAUGAGGCGUUCGGUGAAGAUGACUACGAUCGUUAUGGCGAUCUUGGAGGAAAGGAUGACAGGUCAUGCAAGCGAGAUGAGUUGCUUGCCGCCUUCCUGAACUCUGGUGGUGAAAACUACAGGGACGAAGACGAGGACGAGGACGAGGCUGAAGGGUCGGAUGACAUGGACGACAUCUUCAAUGAGGACGGCGGAGAAGAUGAACAGUCCGAAGGGGAGGAAGAGGAAGAGGAAGAAGAGGAUGAUGAAGACAGGCACAUGCAGCUUCUUGCUGCUGUCAAGGCGACGAAGAAGAAGGAGGAGCAGGAACUUUCGUACGUGCCAGCUGCUGCAGAGGGUGAGUUUGGGGUAGGGACGCAAGGGAAGCAGCUUUCGCUGUCUAGCUUGCUGGACCCCCUCAAGUCGAAACAAUCAAUGAAGAGCGUCGUGAAGGACUUGGAGGAGGUGGAGGGGAAGCGAGCGGUGGCAGUCCCAGCUCCCACGAUUGUGACGCAGCGGGCAAUGAGACAGGUUGGGUACGAGGACACAAAGAACACCGUGACGCACUGGCUGCCGAUCGUGAAGAAGAACAGGGAGGCAGAGCAUGUCAGCUUCCCUCUUAAGAUGCCGACAGGUCACAACGUUACAGCCUCCUCCAUCAUCAGCUCGUUCAAGCCGCAGACGUCGCUGGAGCAGAAGAUAGGGAGCAUGAUCAGCGCUGCAGGGGCGGACGAGGCGAGCCUUCAGAAGAGCGAGGAGCUGGAGCUGAGGAAGCUGAGCGUGGAGGACGUACAGGCGCGGCAGAAGGAGCUGGCUAAGAUGCGAUCGCUGCUGUUCCAUGCGGAGAUCAAGGCGAAGAGGAUCAACAAGAUCAAGUCCAAGAAGUUCCACAAGGUCUCCAGGAAGUACAAGGAGAAGGAGGGAGCGAUUGCGGACAAAGAGCUCAAGGAGCUGGACCCAGAGGCGUACAAGGAGAGGAUGGAGAUGCUGGCGAGGAAGAGGGCGGAGGAGCGGCUGACUCUGAAGCACAAGAACACUUCGAAGUGGGCAAUUGAGGAGCAGAUAAGGAUGGGAGAGCGGCUGAGGAAGAAGCAGCUAGAGGCUGAGAGCGAGGAGGAGGACGAGGAGGAGGAGGACAAGAAGUUCUUGGACGAGGCAAGGAAAGAGGAUGUGCUGGGCCCGCAGCUGUCGCAAGAGAAGGUGAAAGGGGUGAUGGGGAUGGCGUUUAUGCAGAGGAGCAUGGAGAAGCAGCGGGAGGAGGCGAGCAAGUUGCUGGCUGACCUGAACGCGAUGCAUGAUGGGGAAGACUUGUCUGAUGCCAGCGAGUUCGAGGAGGACGGGGCGCAAGGCAUGCGGAGAAAGAAGCAGGAGGAGAAUGAGCAGGGAAAACACUUUGAGGGGGAAAGCGAAGAGGAGGAAGAGGCGGCGGCUGAGAACCCGAACAAGAGUGGGAAAAAGAAGAACAAGAAGAGAAAGAGCAGCGCAGGUCCUCUGAAAGAUGGAAACACGCAGAUUGACGAGGUUGCAUUCUCCACUGGCAGCACCCUUGUGGUGCAGGAGCGAACAGGCUUGAAGGAGGUCGUGUACGAAGCAAAGCCAGGAGGAGGAGGAGGAGGAGGGAAGAACAUGCAGAGUGCCAAGAAAGAAGCGAAGAAAGAAUCAAAGGAGGCAAAGAAGGAGAACAAUCAGCAGCAAGGGGGAGGAAAGCAGGCAGGAGGAGACCCGAGCCUCAAGAUCGAUUUCAACGACGAGUUGGACACGAAGCAUCUCAACGGAAAGGAGGAGGAGGCAGCAGCUGCUGAAACUUCCUCCAACCCCUGGCUCGCUACCCCUGGCAAGGCAGCAGGGCAAGGAAAGAAGAAGCAGAGCGAAUCGGAGGGGAAGGAGGGAGGGGCAGGGAAGCAAGAGAACCCCUGGCUCUCUGCGACAAAUGCCAGCGAGCGCAAGGAGCGCGUAGCGACGCAGGACGCUGAUGGGGUUGUGAGCGAGAGGAUGACAAGGAAGGAGGCGAAGCGGAAGGCUACGGAGAUGGAGACGAUGCUCGAUCUCAACGUCACCUUGGGGAAGGUCGGGAAGGGAGGAGGAGGAGGAGGAGGAGGAGACAGGCAAAAGAAGAAGGCAAAAGGAGAGGAAGGAGAGGAGCAGGAGCCCGAGCCUCCUGCCAUGCUAUCCGGGCCCUCCAAGGAGCAGGUGCGGCUGAUGCAGGCGGCAUUCGCAGACGCGGACAUGGAGGCGGAGUUCGAGGAGGAGAAGCGAGAGAUCAUGGAGAGCACGAAGCCAAAGCUGGUGGAGGCGACGCCGGGAUGGGGAGGAUGGGGAGGAGAGGGAGUGAGAGAGAAGGAGAAGGCAAGGAAGGUCCUGGAGGUCAGCUACAAGAAGACGCAGCAGGAGAGGAUGAAGAAGGCGAUGAUAGGGGAGGUGCCGUACCACCAGCGGCAGGAUAAGGAUCUUUCCCACGUGAUCAUUAGCGAGAAGAGGAACAGGCAUGCGGCCAAGUACCUCGUAGAGAAGCACCCUCACCAGCCACUCGGACCGGACUGGAACACUGCCAACAUGCACAAGAAGAUGAUCCAGAAGACGGUUCAAAUCAAGACUGGCAAAAUGAUUGAUCCCAUCGCCCUCCCCACCACUAGCAAGAGCAAGAAGAAUGCUCUGAUGAAGAUCGCGUCUCGUCCUAAAGCUCCAGUAAGAGAGUAG